AUGAGCAGCGCGCAGGAACCUCUUAUUUCGGCCUCGGAGCGGGUAGAUGCUGGUGGGGAUCAUGAUGAACAACAAGGCGAUGAAGCCGGCCGUCUCGAAUCCGGGAAAGCGAUCCUCGCGGCGCCGAGUUGGUUUAUCUGGCUGUUGACCUUGUCGGCGGGGAUAUCAGGGUUGCUGUUUGGUUGCGUCAUAUCAUCUACUCUCGUCUCCCUCGGCGAGUCCCUCUCCAACCGACCGCUUAACUCCCUCGACAAGUCACUCAUCACCGCUUCCACCUCCCUCUUCGCGCUUUUGAUCUCGCCGUUCUCGUCGGUUCUUGCCGAUAGUCUCGGAAGGAAAAGAGUAAUACUCGUGGCAGAUGUGCUGUUUGUUCUGGGAGCCGGGGUGCAAGCAGCAUGCUCAACAGUCUGGGUGAUGGUGGUUGGGAGGAGUAUCGUUGGUAUGGCGGUGGGAGCAGCAAGCUUCGUCGUGCCGCUAUACAUUGCUGAGCUGGCCCCGGCGGAACACAGAGGGAGGUUGGUGACCAUGAACGUCAUCUUCAUUACAUUGGGCCAGGUCGUUGCGUACAUUGUUGGAUAUGGAUUUGGGGAAUAUGGGCACCCAGAGACCGCGUGGAGAUGGAUGGUUGGCUUGGGAGGAUUGCCAGCAGUGGUGCAGCUUUUCAUGAUGACGGUUAUGCCCGAAACACCGAGAUGGUUGGUCAUGGUGGGGAGGGGAUUGGAAGCUAGGGGUGUCGUUGAGAAAGUUGCUGGCGGAAAGGUUGCUGUUCGCGAGGUCGAUGCUACGGUCAAAAGCAUUGAGAUCGAAGUUAGGGAAGAACAAGAUGCAAGACGGCUGCGAAGAAGGAGAGGUGAUAGCAAGGCCGGCUGGGCCGAAGGUUUCGACGAGCUGUUCAACAUCAGGAGAAAUAAGAGGGCGUUGGCGAUCGCUUGCUUAUUGCAGGGCUUACAGCAAUUGUGUGGUUUUAACUCGCUCAUGUACUUCUCGGCGACCAUCUUCGAGAUGCUCGGCUUCCCGAUCCCGACUCUUACCUCCCUUGUCGUGGCAGUCACCAACUUCGCGUUUACCUUGGUGGCUCUUCUCAUCAUCGACCGCAUUGGAAGAAGACGCAUCCUUCUCUGGUCUAUUCCAUGGAUGGUGUUUGGGCUACUCCUUGCUGCCUUUGGCUUCUUUCUGAGCGGAGUCACAGAUAGCGAUGCGCCCGGAUCUCCAGUCGUCAUCCUGAUCAGCAUCAUGAUCUAUGUGGCAGGCUAUGCGAUUGGCCUCGGAAACGUCCCAUGGAUGCAGAGCGAGUUGUUUGCCCUCAACGUGCGGUCGCUGGGAAGCGGCAUAGCAACGGCCACAAACUGGGGCGCCAACUUUGUCAUUGGCCUGACCUUCUUGAUGUUGAUGGACUUGUUGGGCCCGCCGCUGACGUUUACUCUAUACGCCUUGAUCUGCAUUGGAGGGUACGUGUUGAUCUGGAGAUUCUACCCAGAGACAGCCGGCUUGUCUCUCGAAGACGCUGCCUCGCUGUUGGAGGAUGACAAUUGGGGUGUGAGGUGA